CGCUGGCUUAUCCAUUCGCCCCCACCAAGAUGCAUCUGCAUCCAUCUCUCCUAUUCUCUCGCUUCAUCUCUCAUCCUCUCUCAAAUCUCUCUGACCGGUGGACUCCGUGUGGGCGGAGCGAAGUGGGAGCCAAGCCAGCCGAGCCGGCCCCUCUCCUCUUCGCCUUCCUCGCAGCGGUUCGCGACUUGCCCCUUCUCGCUCCAUCUCUCUUUCUCAUCCCGUGCUUCCACCGAUAUGCGCAGCCAACGGGAUUUAGCGCUAUGAGCCGGCUGCUCGGCGAAGUUCGUUCCCAGGUUGCCGAGGUGUUUAAUCGGGUGACUGCAUGCAGGCCCGGAUGUGAAGCCUCCGAAGUCGCUGGUGCCCCCCGUUCCAUAUGAGCCGAUGUGAAGCCAAGUCGCUGGCACCCUGUUCUAGACCACCAGAUCCGGAGUGCCGCCAACAGUUCCUGUACCCAUCACGCCCGCGUCAACGACCGCCAAGUUGCUGGCACCCCGUUCCAGACCACCAGAUCUGGAGCGCCGCCGCCGGAUCUCGUCCCCAUCAUGCCCGCGUCAACGACCGCUGCGGAACCCUCCUCAGCUCCUCCUUAACGAUUCAUGGCAAGAACCGAGACAACGCCGUGCCCUUUCCCGUCUCCAACACUGUAGUGCUCGCGCUGUCGGUGCUGUCGUAUUUCAUUAUCAUUCGAAUAUGUGUGGAUUUGACCCCUUCGUUGCCUUUCCAUCAUGUUGUAUUAUUCUUUUUUGAGUCUGAUUCUCAUGCCUGGUGCGAAUUCUCUAUAAAUCGUGGUCAGGAUUUGUUCCUUCGUUCCCGAUUAUAAUUCGUUGAAUCGCCCCGUAGAUCCCGUUUGCGUGCGUGCGUGAUGGUUGGGGCGUGACCAUGGGUUGAAUACUAAAAAACGUAGGGUGUUUCUUGCAUAAACGAAACGUUUUCUUAGAUAAGUCACUUAGUAUAGGACUGCGGGUUGAAUACCUAAAUCAGCAGGUUUUUCUAGGUAAUAGCACCUCAGGUACCCUAACUUGUACAGAAUGUGAUGAUUCAGUCCCAAACUUGUAAAACUUGACUCCAUCAUACCUUAACUUGCAUCUUAUGUGAUGAUUUAGUCCCAGGCCAAUCACAGCUCGACAAUUAGCAGCCAGGUGGCUGGACCGGUCAGCGCACGCACUUUUGCAGAAACCCCCUGCCGUCGCGUGCCAGGGGCCUCGAAGACGCGAUCCAGGAGAUGCUCGGCCAGCUUGGCCUCCGCGAGCCGGAGCCAGAGCGGCGCACCACCAACCACCAUCCCUCCCCGCCGUCGCGCAUGGAGCUCCACACUAUGGCCCUCUCGGAGACGAUCCACGAGAUGAGCGCGUUCCCCGACGCGCGGUACGAGCUCUACUCUUGGGAGUUCUACAAGGCCUACCUCCGGUCGCCCCGGCCCAUCGACCCGCCGUCGACGACGAGCGCGGUGCCUCUCCACGUGGCGCAGUUGGGGGCGGCGAUGAGGGGCCGCUACCCUUACCUCGCGGACGAGGUGGCGAGGCUGGCGAGGUCCAAGACGGCGAAGCAGUGUGCGGCGCUGGGCAGGAGGUUGCUGUAGAUGGACGCUGCCGCGCUGAGCUCGCUGGAAGAUCGGUUGAGGGAAGCCACGCGGGCCGGGAAGGAGGCCAUGCUGGCCAAGCUGCAGUUGGAGGUGCGCUACACCAGGGCCAGGAUUCAGGCGGAGGCCAUGGUGGAGACCAUCAAGUCUGCCGCUCCCAACUAGAAAUGAUUUAGGUACUACUAGUAGUAUGGGUCAGGCUAUGGUGGAAUGCUGAUUAAUUAGGAGGCAAGGUGAAGUUAAUUUCGUUUCAUGGAUGGGUCUUAUGUGUGUAAUCUCCUAAGCUAAAUGUAUGACUGAACCCAAUUUGAUCGGGAACUUAAAUCUACAGUCC